AUGCUUGAUUUCACAAGUUUACCAGAUGAAUUAAUAAUUAAAAUUUUAUAUCAACUUGAUUCUUCAGAUUUAUUAAAUUUAUUUAGAAUUAAGGCACUAGAUCCAAUUUGGUCAAAUUUGAUUGUUGUUAAUGAUGAUUAUAAUUUUAAAGAAAUUGAAGAUUUUAAUUUGAAGAAUAUUGGUGGUAAGAAUGGAUUUUAUCAACAUGGAGUGGAUAGAAGGUUAAGAAUUCCUCAUGGGGUAUUGACAACUGAUUGGUGUUCCCAUAAAAAUUUGAAAUAUCAAUUUAAACCACUGUUGGUUCUUUUGGUGGUUAAUGAUUUAACUCGUAUUGUUUAUUGGGUUAGAACAAUGAUUUAUUUGUUCACACUAGGUCAAUCAACUCUGUUUAUUAUUCAUUGGAAUGAUCAUACUUGUGCCUCCAAGGUUGAAGAGAUUGAAAAUGAUAGUAAUGAUAGUGAUUAUAGUUAUCAAUUAAGACAUCAUAAAACUCAUACACUUUAUACAGAUCGAUUAUUUGAAAUUUUAAAAAUUUUCCAAGAUAAACUGAAGAUAUUAUCAAUUUAUGCUGAAAGUGUUUUCGAUUUAAGAGUACAAUCAACUCAGUUUUUAAAUCUUGUUGAUAGAAUUAAUUUUCCCAAUGUUGAUUGUUUAUCAUUCUCUCAAAGUUAUUGGAAUCCAGAACGUGAGGAAGAAUGUAAUAAAUUAACUACACCACAUUUUAUAACUCCAGCUUUAAAAGAUUUAUACAUUCAAGAUUGUUUUAGAUCAAUAGAUUUAAAUAACUUCAAUCCACCAGAAUCAAUAAUGUUUAGUUCGGGUACUUCAAUUAAACCAUCAAAUUUAAUAUCAAAUGAUUAUUUAUUCCUGAAACUAAAGAAAUUAUUUUUAAAUAAUGUUAAAAAUGCAAUUAAAAAAUGUUCAUUCCCAGUUCUUGAAGAAUUACAUGUUUGUUCCACAAUUUCUAAUCAAAUCUUAACAAUGGAAGAUUUAAAUGCACCUGAAUUAAUAACUUUACAAAUUGAAAGUAAUUACCUGAAUUUACAUUUACAUAAUUGUGAAUUCCCAAAAUUAUUUAAUCUUCACAUCGAAAUUAAUGGUCAAUUAUGUUUAUUAGAUAAUUAUAUACCAAAUGUGGAAAAUCUUACUAUAGGUGGUUGUGAUGAAACUGAAAUUGAAAGUUUCAAAAUUGAAAGAAAAGCUGCAUUUACAGGAUGUAUUCUAGAAAAAUAUAAACCAAGACUUUUCCAAGCUGGUAAUAAUUCUCCAUUAUUAGCUGAUGAAAAAUAUUCAUUCCCUAAGCUAAGAAGCUUAAACUUAAAAUCAAAUUUAUGUCAAUUUAGAAUUUUAAAACAAAUUGAUUUGGAAUUGUUGAAUAAUUUGAAAAUUACACAGGUUUUAAAUCAAAGUCUUUCAUCACUUAAUUCUUUCAAAUUUAAUGGGUUGAAAAGUUUACAUAUUGAUUCUAUCUUGCAUGAAAAUGGGUUUGAUGCUACAAUUAAUUUAAAUGCACCUAAUUUAGAAACAUUAUAUAUACAAUAUGGUGAACGGUAUGAUAUUUUACAAUCAGGGAAACAAGUUUAUGCAAUGAAUUUAUUUGAUAAUAUAACUGAAUGUUUUCCUCAAUUGAAACAUUUAUAUUAUGAUGGUCCAUUUUUAUAUUCCAAAGGGCUAAUUAAUAAGCCUAUUCAAUUGUUCAAGAAUUUCAAUUUAUUAAAAUUAGAAAGUUUAAUAUUAGAUUUCCAUACAGAGGAAAUUUUCUUUGCAAUUGAAGGGAAUCAUAGAAUUUCAAAAGUUUUUCAUAUAAUUUUUGAAAAUUGUAACUUACCUUUGAUUGAAUCAUUAAUGAUUCGUGCUCCAAAAAAUAUUAAAUUGGAAACUUCAUUGCCAUUAGAAAUUUCUUCCCCCAAAUUGGAAAAUCUUUGUUUGAAUAAUGCCUUUUUAGAUGAUUAUAUUCCAGUUACUAUUGAUUCACUGGGGAAAAUUAAAUAUUUAAAGAAUUUAAGUAUUGCACAUAUCCAAUAA